AUGACGUUUAACGGUUACCACGCUGACCCUCAAAUUGACGUCAAAGAUGACGAUUCUGACGUUCACGCCAAGCAACAGAGUAUCCAAGAUGCAAGGAACCCCAACAGGAAAGAAGCAAAGCUUGAUCUGACCUAUCCUCAAACAUACGAGAUCGAGAGAUUGCCUUCGGCGACCCAGCAACAAUUCGAAAAUGAUCGCACAAAUAACAGAACCAAAGGAACAUCAAGUUCUUUUAAAAAUAAGGUAUUCAACACAAAGUUUGGUCCAAUGGACAUGAAGACUAUAGAAGAAAUUUACAAUAAGACAAGGUACACAACGUGUGCACAAAAGGCUGCCGCUGAGGUGUCCAUUCCGAUGUUUAAGAUUGUGCCCCCGAAGACAACACAGGAAGCCCGUGCAGACAUGGUGCGUCUCGGUGUACGGCGGUACGAGGAGGCCCCCGCCGAUUGGCAGCAAGCCUUCCUGUGGGAUCGUAUUCAGAGCAGGUGCCCGGAGGAUUUCCGGUUGCGGAGCGCUGAAAAGGAAAGGCUUUUAAAUAGGAGCGAGAAGAAAUGUCCCGGGUAUGCAGGUUACACUCCACUAUGUUUACCUGAAACUAAUCUGGAGAGCAAGCUUGGAACGUCGGAGGGAAUGACCAGCCUCAUGAAAGCGUCUUACAGAAAAAUUCCGGAGAAAGUUCUGACCAAGCUGGAGUAUGCAAGAAAGGGCACUUUCUCACAAGCUCUAACCCUUACUUCCCCCUUCAACCCGUUCAACAAAGUAGGCCAGGAAAUACUUGUUAUGGACAAAGAGAGUCAGUUCCGCAAUAUGAGAGAAUAUAUGGGAAAAGCGAACAUUCAGUAG